AUGAUUGCACAACACCAGCAGAAGCUCAGACACAAGCUGGGAUGGAAGCUGGUGGAAGAGGGAGCCCAUGUUGCCAAACAUGCUCCAUGGUCCAGCUUAAGAAAAUCUUCUGGGGAGUAGUGGUGGUUCUUGGAGUCUGCUCUUCCUGGUCAGGUUCAACCCAGCUAGCAAAACUGACCUUUAAGAAAUUUGAUGCACCCUUCACUUUGACAUGGUUUGCAACAAACUGGAACUUUUUAUUCUUUCCUUUGUAUUACAUUGGACAUGUUUGUAAGUCAGCUGAAAAACAAUCUCCCCAACAAAGAUACGGGGAAUGUUGUCGGUUUUUUGGAGACAACGGCUUGACACUGAAGGUAUUUUUUACCAAGGCAGCACCUUUUGGUGUUCUUUGGACCCUCACGAAUUACCUGUACUUACAUGCAAUAAAAAAAAUAAACACUACGGAUGUUUCCGUAUUGUUCUGCUGCAACAAAGCUUUUGUGUUCUUGCUUUCGUGGAUUGUUCUCAGGGACAGAUUCAUGGGAGUGAGGAUUGUCGCUGCUAUACUUGCUAUUGCAGGGAUAGUUAUGAUGACUUACGCAGAUGGAUUCCACAGUCAUUCAGUUAUUGGAAUAGCACUUGUUGUGGGAUCUGCGUCAACAUCAGCUCUUUACAAGGUUUUAUUAAGCUUCUCCUGGGUAGUGCUAAAUAUGGAGAAGCUGCCUUAUUUUUGUCAGUGUUAGCUGUUUUCAAUAUCCUUUUUGUUACCUGUAUUCCUGUCAUUCUUUACUUUACCAAAGUUGAAUACUGGAGUUCUUUCGAUGCCAUUCCUUGGGGAAGCAUUUGUGGAUUUUCAGUCCUAUUAUUGACAUUCAAUAUUAUAUUAAAUUUUGGGAUUGCUAUAACAUAUCCUACCUUGAUAUCUCUCGGAUUGUACUAAGCGU